GCAGUCGUUCUCUCUUGCAGAAACCGCGAACAAGCUAUCUCCUCCUCCCGACUGCUGACUUCUAAAGCCAGUAGACAUCAACCAGAGAACCAGUCGCAGUCACUCAACCAGUGGUCCACUUCAGUUCAGUUCGGUUACUCACGAGGAUUGUUACACCGCUCUCCAAUCUGCGAGUUCAGUUUCACUCACCCAAUCGAUGUUCGCGGAGAAAUCUAAGUAAACAUUGAGUUGUUACCAGUGCAAUACUUACACUUCCAAACAAUGUUUAAUUAACAGUGAAAGGUUUCAAUUGUGUUCCUUGUGCGUCAAUCACGGCCUUACUAUGGAGAAUACAAAUGGGCCAACGCAAGAAGAGAAAAGCAAUAAUGUUCCAACAAAAUCUAUCGAGAAAGUCGAAAAACAAGAACAAACAAAACAGAUUAGUAGGUUCAGGGUUGCUCUACCACAGAUACUCGCAAGCACAGCCAAAAACAUGAUACUAUUAGAUCUAGGCAUGACAAUAGCUUUUCCUACAAUAGUGAUACCAGCUCUUCUCAACAACCACUCAGAUCAUGGAAUGAAAUUCUCCGUGACCGAAGCUUCUUGGUUUGGAAGUAUUGCUUUCAUUUGUCAGCCUCUUGGCAGCAUAGCAUCCGGUAUUGUUCUGGAGCCCUUAGGAAGGAAAUAUUCGUUGAUGGUUGUAAACAUUCCUCAUUUUGUAGGAUGGCUCAUGUACUAUUUUGCUCAAACUACUAGGACAAUUUUUAUCGCCAGCAUAAUCAUGGGCCUUGGUGUUGGAUUCAUGGAAGCUCCAAUCAUCACGUACGUUGGAGAAAUUUGUGAGCCAAGGCUGAGAGGAGUCCUCAUUUCGUAUUCGAACUUGUUCUUCAGUUUCGGCCUGGUCUUCAUUUAUGCUUUGGGAAACAUCACAGAUUGGCAAACAACUGCUGCCAUCAGCGCAGCCAUACCUUUCGUCACAUUCUUAGCCAUUACUCAAGUACCUGAAACUCCUUACUGGCUACUAUCACAUGGCAGGCUUGCAGAAGCAGAAAAGUCACUCUGCUGGCUGCGAGGCUGGGUCAAACCAGACGCCGUCCAGAGCGAGUUCCAAGAAAUGGUCAAGUACAGCAAGGAUUCCAAAUACUCAAGACCUAAAUCAGAAAGUGCCUACAACAACGAAGUCAAUCUGGAUGAUGAGAAGCCUUCCUCUGAAACAAAUAAACCAAGUGAGCAGAAGGAGACAAACGAAACACAAGAGAAAAAAGCGAAUGGAGAGUGCAAAGAGAAUGUGAAAGUUGAGAUCAAAAGUAACGAGAAAUGCCAGAAUGAGAAGACGGAAGUGCAUGUGGGUGAUAAAGCUACUUUCGAGGAGUUUGUGAAGGACAUGAUGCGACCAGAAAUGAUAAGGCCUUUGGCUCUUGUUGUGGGCUUCUUCUUUUUCACGAAUUUUGCUGGAGUGGCUGCAAUGAGGCCCUACCAGAUAAAGGUUUUUACUGACUUGGGAUUUCCACUGGACCCCUACCGAGCUACAGUGAUAAUGUCGGUGAACACGUUCACGGCCACAGUGCUGUGCAUGGUGUUUGUGAAGUGGCUGGGCAAGCGGCGACUGGCUCUCCUGUCUCUGGCCUCCUGUUCAAUCAUGAUGUUCGGCGUCAGCCUCUUCGCCAAACUGCACGACAGUGGCAAGGACGGCCACUUGCCUGAUAUCAGCUGGUUUCCGUUCGUCAUCUACUUUAUUCUUCAGUUUUUCUUCAGCUUUGGAGUCUCAACCGUGCCCUGGAUGCUUGUUAGCGAAAUUUUCCCCUACAGAGGUCGAAGCCUGAUGACCGGUCUAGCAGCAGCUCUAUCCUAUGUGCUGAGUUUCCUAGCAACCAAAACUUUCCUCGGCCUGGAAGAGCUUCUGUCAUUAUCAGGAGUCACCUGCCUCUACGCAACCAGCAGUCUUGUUGGAUUCUGUAUCAUGUACAGAUAUCUACCAGAAACAGAAGGAAGAACUUUGGAGGAAAUUGAGAAGACUUUCAGUAAAAAGAGUAAACAAACCAAUUGAACACAUUUAGCAAUGGGCUAAGUUCAGAACAAUGUUUGUUACUUCGAGGCCUUAGAUGAAUCUGAAGAUUUUAAUACUAUAAUAUUCAUCACAGUAAUUACUUGGAUAAAAUCAUGUAUAUAUAUAAUAAAGUAUGUGAGCUAACCAAGACAUUUUGUUAAAAAAUGUAAGAAUCAGUACCGUACAUAAUUAUCAUGAAAUUGUGUUUCUUUUCAUAAUUUAUUUCUUGUAUUUAAUUUGUGAAUAAUUCUUGAAGAAUUUUAAUACUCUACUCUAAGUAAAUUGUAGAUCAUGAAUUUUUCAGUUUUUGAGGUUGAGUGUUCAAAUUAGACGUUCAAGACCUUAUAAUACAUUUUUUACCAGUUUUAAAAUAAAGUAGUUCGGAAAUUAUUUUUCCGUGAAUGUUAUGAAAGGGUGACUAAUUUUGAUUAUUGUCACUAUUCAUCUUUUUUUAAUUUAUUAUAUUCCUUGAGCCAUGACGAUUGCUAUCAUGGUGCUGAAGACUAUUUUAUGUAGAGUAACAAUGAAUCAGAAAUUUAUAAAUUGUAAUAAUAAGUACGGCUGUCAAUUUUCAAAGUAACAUGACUCAUUUUCAUAUAUAAUCAAACAGGAGAGCUUUUCAUAAAAUAAACGGAGACAAAAAGCAUUCCUUAAAUAUUUAUUUCGAAUGAUUUGCCAAGUUAUUCAAUUCAUCCUUCUUAAAAUUAUAGCAUAUUUUUAUAAUUGUUAAUUCAAAUAAAUUACCAAAAAUGAAAUAAAUUCCAUCUUUGAAGGAGAAAGCUUGAAUAACUUACUUUCGGUCCUCUAGGUUUACUCAACCCUCAUCUACCAUUCCAAUGAGCAAUAGAGUCAUCCCUUGAAGUUUCAUCAUAUUCAAGAAAUAUCCAUGUAUAAAUCCUGAGUGCCUUUUAGGAUAAUUAUUGCAGAAAAUCACAUUGUAGAUAAGAAUUUUCUAAUACAGGUUUGAUAUAUACUUUACCCGUUGAACGAUUUAUAAUUUUAGAAUGAACUGUGAUAAAUUUGAAAUGAUGUAUUUAAUAAAUUGCUUUUGAAAACUAUGACUGGAGGUGGGAAUAUGCUGUGUGGUGUUAACAAAUUCAAAAUGGAAGAUUCAGAUCCAGAAAUAGAUUCAACCUUAUGCUUUCAGUUUAAAUUGAUGUACAGCAAUUCACAAAACUUUCUGUGAUAUUUACUAAAAAUAAACUAUAUUUUUUAUAGAGUAAUUGAAGUUUCUUAUUAUACUGUUAUGAAUGUAAAUUUUAUCUAUAUUGCAUUAAAAACUUCAUGUAUUGAA